AUGUGCCGUCCUAUCGAUGUCUCCAAGAACGCCAUAUCAUGGGCGGUGGCAUGUGCGGCAGCUGUAACUUUUUACCUUGUGAGCAACGCGGUCUAUAAUCUAUUUUUCCAUCCACUAGCCAGAUAUCCUGGUCCGUUAUCCCAUGCCGUCUCACGCGUCCCGUACUUCAUCCGCGUGUUCAAGGGCACUCUUCCCUUUGAUAUGCUCGACCUCCACAAACGCUACGGUGACAUUGUGCGCAUCGCCCCCGACGAGCUAGCCUUCUCCCAUCCGGACGCAUGGAAGGACAUUUUGGGCCACAGCAAGGGAGGCUUGUAUCUAGAAAAGGCGAGUUGGUUCUACCGACCUCUGGAAUAUGACCCACCCAAUAUUUUCAAUGAGAGUCGCCAAGAGCACAGUCGUCUGCGUCGGCAAUUGGCUCACAGCUUCUCAGACAAAGGGAUGAGAGACCAGGAACCCAUGAUCCGGGGGUAUGUUGAUCUGUUGCUGCAGCGGCUGCUUGAAAUUGGUUGCGGAGAAGACGCCGUGGAUCUUUCGGCCUGGUUCAACUAUACCACCUUUGAUAUCAUCGGCGACCUCUCAUUCGGUGAACCAUUUGGCUGCUUGCAGGACUCCAGCUACCACGAGUGGAUUGAAAGUAUAUUUCUGGCCCUCCCUUUUGCCGCUGCUCUGCAGGCCCUCUCAUUCAUGCCCCUACUCAAACAAGUCGUGCUAGCCUGGAUACCCCGGUCUGUACGUGAUAGGCGUGAUCGUCUCACCGAUCUCACACGGGAAAAGAUGCUUCGUCGGGUGGCAAUUUCAGAGGAGCGACCUGACCUGAUCGAAGGGCUUUUGAAGAAGAAGGACGAGCUGGAGUUGACCAUCGACAAACUCACCGCCAAUGCUGAAACUUUGGUGAUCGCCGGCUCCGAGACGACGGCUACGUUGCUCUCCGGGGUCACUUAUCUACUUCUCACAAACCCAGAAGCCUACCGGACGCUCACAAAGGAAGUACGCUCGACGUUCAACAGCGAGGGGGAUAUCAACCUCGGGUCUGUUGCGAGAUUACCGUAUAUGCUGGCUUGUCUGGACGAGGCAUUGCGGAUGUAUCCCCCUGGUGCUAUUGGCCCUCCCCGGACGUAUGUUUCCAUUCACCAUUGGGCUCUAUAUCGGCGUGAAGAGUAUUUCACAGAUCCACAUACUUUCCACCCGGAACGAUUCCUCUGGGACUCCCGGUUCUUGAAUGAUCAACGCAACACCCUCCAACCGUUUCAUAUUGGCCCCAGAAGUUGUCUCGGUCGCAAUCUCGCAUAUAGCGAAAUGCGCCUGGUUUUAGCCCUCCUGAUCUUCAACUUUGACAUGAAGCUAUCAGACGAUUCGCAAGACUGGAUUCAGCAGAAAAACAUUGUGAUGUGGCGAAGGGGUCCUCUGAGAGUGCAUUUGACCCCUAUCCGUCAAAAUGGUCCUUGA